CGUGGCUCGAGCCGAAUAUUAGUAGGGCUUUCUUCAUUUCCGCCUCCAUUGAUUUCAAACGAAAACCGCCGACUGCCUCCCCUCCCUUCCCCUCUCCGUCGUGCCCCCUUCCGGCCUUCCCCCAAUGGCGUCGGGCUCCUCUCGAGCCAACAUCGACCAGUUCUUCCCGGCCAAGAAGAGGAGGCCCUCGUCGCGCAAGGACGAGCCGCCGUCCGGGAGCCCGAGGGGCGCCAAGGGGUCCCUGGAGGGGUACCUUGUCCGUUCCCCUUCAACCGCGGCGGCGGCCUCGUUGGACUCGCCGAGGGGUGGUGGGGACGCGGCGGGCGCCAGGAGGAGCCUCUCCGCGGCGAUGGAUGUCGAUGUCGGCCAUCCCGCCACGGCGGUGGCGACAGAUGAGGGGGAUUUUGAGCUGAAGAGGUUUGCGAUGGAGUUCUUGUCAUUGUCCCAUUACUGCAGUGUUAUCCCUUCUGUCAUGGGUGGUGCUAGCAAUGGCGAAGCGGGCAAGCAGCAGAAGAGGAGUGCGAUCCAGUCGUUCUUGGCUCCUUGUAGCAAUGCAUCUGCCAAGAAGCAGCGCGUUGCUCACUCUGGGGACUUGGAAGCUCUAAAGGAUGUAGGUCAUAAAACCCCCUUCCGGGAAAAAUGUGGCACUCAAUACGGUGGCCCAGAGGCUUUGGAGGAAUUAGGUGAGGGGACAAAGCUGAGCAGUGAGGGUUUUGUGGCUUUGCAACGAUGUAGCUUUACCCCAAAUACUGGACAGAAAAGGGUUGGAUUUUCAACAGCACCAGGGGCUGGGGAAACACCGAUGUCUGUAUCCACGAACUCUCUGAUUUCACCCGGGGAGGAAUUCUGGAAUGCAGCAAUUGAAUUUGCUGAUGGCAUUUCUGCUCGGGCUGAGAAGGGUCCUGGAAGGCCUGAGUGUGAUGUGGAUGACAAGUCAUCCUGUGCAGUUGCAUUGUGCUCUAAGAUUCUUCCCAGAUCCGGAAAUGGUGGUUCUGACCAUGAAAACACAGUAGGAAGCAAUGAGACAAAGCAAAUGGACAGAUCUUCAUAUAAAGAAGAACCAGUGGCAGCAAAUAAUCAUCAUGUAAACAGCUCUCCGUUGCCUGUGAAGCAUUUGGACUUUUUUCAUGAGGAUGAAAUUCAAGUUCCAGGCCUGAAAAUUGAAGAAAAAGGUGGUGCUGUAGAUCUGAGUCAAAAGAGUCAAAUGAAGAACAGAGAAAAUCUCACGCAUUCUGUAGAUAACGUGAAUAAAAGUACUUUUGACAUGCACAUAGAUUCUUCAGCUACGAUUCAUGAUGAGUGUCUGUCCAAGUUAACAACAGAAGGGAAAAAUCAUCCAACAAGAGUGGGUGACAGUGGUUCUUGUCUGACUAGAAGAGACCUCAAUCAACUGAUCUAUAGUGAGGAUAAGCUGCUUACUGCGUAUUCAGAUCAUGGCAAGCCUAGCAAAGAUUGUACAAAUAAAUUUGCAUCCCAAGAAAUGGAAGCCAACACUCCUACUAGUUCUGUUCCCCAAAAGGACCACUCAAAGCUGUCAAGUUGGCUUCCCCCUGAGCUCUGUGCUAUAUACAUGAAAAAGGGUAUUCCAGAGCUGUAUCCUUGGCAGGUGGAAUGUUUACUUGUGGAAGGUGUCUUGGAGAAACGCAAUCUUGUUUAUUGUGCAUCUACAAGUGCUGGUAAAAGUUUUGUUGCUGAAAUUCUAAUGUUGAGACGGAUAUUGUUCAGUGGAAAGAUGGCAAUCCUUGUACUUCCCUAUGUGUCAAUAUGUGCUGAAAAGGCUGAACAUCUUGAGCAACUUCUUGAGCCGCUAGGCAGACAUGUUCGAAGCUUCUAUGGAAAUCAGGGGGGAGGGUCACUUCCUAAGGAUACAUCAGUUGCUGUAUGUACCAUAGAGAAGGCCAAUUCUUUGGUAAACAAGUUGUUGGAGGAAGGCCGUCUUUCUGAACUUGGCAUAAUAGUAAUAGAUGAGCUUCAUAUGGUUGGUGACCAACACCGAGGAUAUCUUUUGGAGCUGAUGCUGACAAAGCUUAGGUAUGCAGCUGGUGAAGGGAAUUCAGAAUCAUCAAGUGGAGAAAUCUCAGGUUCUAGCAGUGGGAAGAUGGAUGCAACUCAUGGAUUGCAGAUUAUUGGUAUGAGUGCUACUAUGCCCAAUGUUGCAGCUGUAGCUGAUUGGCUUCAAGCUGCACUUUACCAAACAGAAUUUCGACCUGUUCCGCUGGAGGAAUUUAUUAAAGUCGGUAAUCAGGUCUUUGAUAAAGAUAUGAAUGUUGUUCGCGUGCUUCCAAAAGUAGCUGAUCUUGGCGGUAAGGAUCCAGACCAUAUUGUUGAGUUGUGCAAUGAGGUUGUUCAGCAGGGGCAUUCUGUUCUUUUGUUUUGCUCCAGCCGGAAAGGCUGUGAAUCAACUGCAAGACAUGUUGCCAAGUUUUUGAAAGUGGCUUCUGUUGGAUCAAGUGACGUUGGCUCAGAAUUUCCAGAUGCUACAUUUGCAGUUGAAGCCUUGAAGAGGAGCCCUUCUGGGUUAGAUCCUGUAUUAGAAGAGACCCUUCCCUCUGGAGUUGCAUACCAUCAUGCUGGUUUAACGGUUGAGGAGAGGGAGAUUGUGGAAACAUGUUACCGUAAAGGUCUUGUCAGAGUUUUGGCUGCCACUUCAACUUUAGCUGCUGGUGUUAACUUGCCUGCCAGACGAGUAAUAUUUAGGCAACCUAGGAUAGGUCGUGACUUCAUUGAUGGAACUCGGUACAAGCAAAUGUCUGGUCGUGCUGGUAGAACUGGCAUAGAUACAAAGGGAGAGAGUAUACUUGUAUGCAAGCCUGAAGAGGUCAAGAGGAUUACAGGUAUUCUUAGAAGUAACUGUACUCCCUUGGAGUCUUGCCUCUCAGAAGAUAAAAAUGGAAUGACUCAUGCAAUCAUGGAGGUUGUUGCUGGUGGAAUUGUGCAAACUGCAAGUGAUAUCCAUCGAUAUGUGAGGUGUACGCUGCUUAACUCUACUAAACCUUUUGAGGAUGUUGUGAAGUCAGCUCAGGACUCCCUUCGUUGGUUAUGCCAUAAAAGGUUUCUUGAGUGGAAUAAUGAAACUAAAAUAUACUCUACUACUCCACUUGGGCUAGCAGCUUUUGGCAGUUCACUUAAUCCUGAGGAAUCGUUGGUCGUGCUGGAUGAUCUUUCAAGGGCAAGAGAAGGCUUUGUUCUGGCAUGUGAUUUGCAUUUGGUUUACCUGGUAACCCCGAUAAAUGUAGAUGUCGAACCUGAUUGGGAAUUGUACUAUGAGAGGUUCAUGCAACUUACUUCUCUUGAGCAGUCAGUUGGCAACCGGGUUGGAGUAAUAGAACCAUUUUUGAUGCACAUGGCUCAUGGGGCUGCAAUGCCUGUUCGUGGAAAACCUCAGCGUGCUGGUAUCCGCAACAGGUCACCAACACGAGGUUCUGGUGGAAAUGCACUUAUUAAUGAGCAGGCACUUCGAGUUUCUAAGCGCUUUUAUGUGGCCUUGAUGUUGUCAAGGCUUGCUCAGGAAAUUCCUGUCACAGAUGUUUGUGAGGCAUUCAAAGUUGCAAGAGGUAUGAUUCAAGCUUUACAGGAAAAUGCUGGCAGGUUUGCUUCAAUGGUUUCUGUGUUUUGUCAGAGACUUGGUUGGCAUGAUUUAGAAGGCCUUGUUGCUAAGUUCCAAAACCGAGUCUGUUUUGGAGUCAGAGCAGAGAUUGCGGAACUUACAUCAAUUCCAUUUGUCAAGGGUUCACGUGCAAGGGCUCUUUAUAAGUCUGGUUUGCGUACUCCUGUUGCCAUUGCUGAAGCAUCUAUUCCUGAAAUUGCAAAAGCUCUUUUUGAAUCUUCUACUUGGUCUGGCCAAGGUGAUUCUGGUUUACGCCGAAUGCAAUUGGGUAUUGCCAAGAAGAUAAAAAAUGGAGCUCGAAAAAUUGUUCUUGAGGAGGCAGAAGCAGCUAGAGUAGCAGCAUUCUCAGCUUUCAAGUCACUUGGUGUACAAGUUCCUCAGUUUACUACACCUCUACUCCCAACUAUCGAUGAACCCCCAACUCGAGAUAGCAUGGUUUCUGUUGGCAGAGGUCAAGCUAGUGAUGAUACAAAUAACUGCUUCAGUUAUGGUUCUCAAAGGGCUUCUACAGAGAGAACUUUAGGGAACGAUAUGCACCCUGGUUCUUCCAUACAAAUAACAGAGAGUGCAAGAAUAGUGAAUAAUGCCAACAUCGUUGUCCAAGUAGCAUCACCUUUCUCCAUAGAAACUAAAUUAAGCAGCAGAAAUGUGGCUGACAAAGGCCCUGUUAAUGCAUAUAAUUUCCCAGGAGGGUUUGACAGUUUUCUUGAUCAAUGGUCUACUGUUAGUGAGUUUUCUUUUGAUCUUCAUUAUGUCAAGAAGUCAAUUAAAUCAUCUUCAACCUAUUUCGAUAUUCUUGGUUUGGCUGUCUGUUGGGAAAAUUCACCUGUUUACUACUGCAACUUUCCGAAAGACCUAAUGAUGGCUGGUAGCAAUGACUCCAUUGAAAUGUGGGACGAACUAACGAGAAGAUGGAACAGAGUAAUCGAAAUUAUGCGACAAAACAGUGUCAAAAAAAUGACCUGGAAUUUAAAGUUCCAGAUUCAAGCAUUGAAGUAUCCCUGUGUUUCUUGUCAACGGCUCUCUAGACUUCAUCUUGACUACAAAAUGUUGAAGAAUGUUGAAGUCCUCGACAACUUGUAUGUUUUCCUACAACCAGUUUCUGUCCACAGUGGAUUGGACAUAUGCUUGGUGGCAUGGGUUCUCUGGCCUGAUGAGGAAAGUAAAACAGUGCCAAAUCUUGAGAAGUUAGUGAAGAGACGACUACACAAUGAAGCUGCAGCAGCUGCAAAUCGAGAUGGCAGAUGGAGAAAUCAGAUGCACAAAGCAGCUCAUAAUGGUUGCUGUCGGCGUGCUGCACAGACACGGGCAUUGUGUUCUGUUUUGAGGAAAUUACUUGUUUCUCAAAAUCUCAAUGAUUUACUCGAAACAAUUGAGGGCCCAUUGGUAAAUGUUCUUGCUGAUAUGGAACUUUGGGGAAUUGGUGCUGACAUGGAUGCAUGUCUCCGUGCGAGGCAUAUCAUAAUAAGAAAGCUGAAAGAACUAGAGAAAGAAGCUUAUAAAUUAGCUGGCAAGAGCUUCUCACUAAAUGCAACUGCUGACAUCGCUGACGUUCUUUAUACACACUUAAAACUGCCAGUUCCAAAAGGUUGUGGGAAAGGAAAAUUGCAUCCUAGCACUGACAAGCAGUCCUUGGACCAUCUAAGGGAUCAACAUCCAAUUAUAUCUGUAAUUAAGGAACAUAGAACAUUGGCAAAACUGUUAAAUGGCACCUUGGGGUCCAUUUGCUCACGGGCUCAGUUGUGCAGCAAAUCACAAAGAUACAUCAUACAAGGAAAUUGGCUCCAGACAUCAACUGCCACUGGCCGUCUAUCAAUGGAAGAACCAAAUCUGCAGUGUGUUGAGCACUUGGUGGAUUUCACAACAUUGAAGAAUGAUCAUGAUUCCACAAGCAUGUCAAUGGUUGAUCAUCAUGAAAUCAAUCCUCGUGAUUUUUUCAUUCCCACCCAAGAGAAUUGGUUGCUGGUAACAGCUGAUUACUCACAGAUCGAGCUGCGUUUAAUGGCUCAUUUUUCUAAAGAUACUGCAUUGAUUGAACUUCUAAGUAAACCAGAUGGUGAUGUAUUUACUAUGAUUGCUUCAAGAUGGACUGGUAAAGCGGAGUCCUUGAUCUGUUCAAAGGAAAGAGAGACCACCAAAAGAUUUAUUUAUGGCAUCCUCUAUGGAAUGGGUGCCAACUCUCUAGCAGAACAACUUGAAUGCAGCCCAGAAGAUGCUGCACAGAAAAUCCAAAGUUUUAAGAGGUUCUUUCCUGGUGUCUCUUCAUGGCUACACGAAGCUGUGGCAUCAUGUCGUCAUAAAGGGUAUGUGGAGACCUUAAUGGGAAGGAGACGUUUUCUUUCAAAAAUAACAGCCGGAAAUAGCAAGGAGAAAGCAAAGGCACAGAGACAAGCAGUUAAUUCUAUUUGCCAGGGUUCUGCAGCUGAUAUUAUCAAAGUGGCUAUGAUUAAAGUUCAUUCUGCAAUUACAAAUGGGAGCACGGUGGGAGCAACAGUUGAUUCAAUUGAUGUGGCUAUGCAGAACUUUUCUGAAAUCAGAGGCCGUUGUCACCUUAUUCUGCAGGUGCAUGAUGAACUGGUGCUUGAAGUUGAUCCAUGUAUGGUAGCGGAGGCUGUAAGGUUACUACAGACUGUCAUGGAGAACUCUGCUUCACUCUUAGUGCCUUUACGCACUAAAAUAAAGGUAGGACAAACUUGGGGUUCUUUAGAACCGUUCCAUCUAGAACCUUGACGCGAUGGUGAAUGCUUCUUUGGAGCAAGGUCCCAAGAAAUCAUCUGUUUGUUAAUGGAAAGGCUAAGGUGCCAUUGCAGUCAGAAAGGCUGGGUCAGGUUAUUCUUGCAAACUUCUCUGAAGCCAUGUUUGAUCUGCCAAGUCUGACACCACUUUGGAUUCGAACUUACUGUAGCACGAUUGAUGUUGCCAGGUGAUUUCUCUUUCUGCAGGGCCUUCGGUCUCCUUUCUUUUAUUACGUGCCACCUUGAAUCUAUAUAAAACAGGUUACAUUGCUUCAGUUACGGAGUCCAUUGUUGAGAAUGAGGAUUGAAGGACAGGCCAACGGUUCCGACUGAAGCUGCAGUACCGCCUAUACAGGAUUCAUCACAUUAUUCAUAGAGCAGACAAGGGGAACAUCUCAAGGGGACAUCCACUUCUACAGUAUAUAUAUAUUUUUUUUGCGAGGACUUCUACAGUAUAUAUGUUGUACUGUAAAUGGACAGACUGUAAUAGCUUGUUCAUUCUUUUUUGCCUGAUGUCUUGAUUAUGUAUAUAUUGAUUAUAGAGGUGUUGCUCGAGUUGAAGACUUGUGAAACUGUCAUGUUGCACAGUACUUAUCAUUUAUGAGAGUAACAUCGUUCGUUGCUCUUUUUGUGCA